UCUCCUGCUCACUCUGAUAUUGGUGCAUCUGUUACAGCUCUGACAGUAGACACAGUGUUUCCCUGUUCUAAAGAUGCCAACUGUUUUACACAGAAUACAAAGCUUAUUACCCAUCAGUCAGCUAAGGCAGGUGAGAGGCCAUUUCCAUGUUCUGAGUGUGGGAAAUGUUUUACAUACAAAUCAGAACUUGAAAGACAUCAGAGAAGUCACACAGGUGAGAAGCCAUUUUCCUGUUCUGAGUGUGUGAAAUGUUUUACACAUAAAUCACAUCUUGUUACACAUCAGAGAAGUCACACAGGUGAGAGGCCAUUUCCAUGUUCUGAGUGUGUGAAAUGUUUUACACAUAAAUCACAUCUUGUUACACAUCUUAGAAGUCACACAGGUGAGAAACCAUUUUUAUGUUCUGAGUGUGGGAAAUGCUUUUUACAGAAAUCAGAUCUUGUUACACAUCAAAGAAGUCACACAGGUGAGAAACCAUUUUCAUGUCUUGAGUGUGGGAAAUGUUUUUUAAGUAAAGCAAAUCUAGUUUCACAUCAGAGAACUCACACAGGUGAGAAGCCAUUUUCCUGUUCUGAGUGUGUGAAAUGUUUUACACAUAAAUCACAUCUUGUUACACAUCAGAGAAGUCACACAGGUGAGAGGCCAUUUCCAUGUUCUGAGUGUCAGAAAUGUUUUGCACAUAGAUCAGAUCUUGUUGCACAUCAAAGAUGUCACACAGGUGAGAAGCCAUUUCCAUGCUCUGAGUGCGGGAAAUGUUUUCGCCGGAAAUCACAACUUGUUACACAUCAGCGAAGUCACAUAGGUGAGAAACCAUUUUCAUGUUCUGAGUGUGGGAAAUGUUUUACUUGGAAAUCAGCUCUUGUUAGACAUCAAAGAACUCACACAGGUGAGAAACCACUUCCAUGGUCUGAGUGUGAGAAGUAAAUCAGCUUUGUUUCACACAAUAGACAUCAAACAG